AUGGAUCAGGAUGAGUUUAAAAUUGCGCAAAACAACUCAGAUGACAGCGAUGAGAAUGAUAGCGCUGAGGAUGAAGUACCGGACUAUCGCCAGCUGGCCAGCUUCACGAACCGCAAAUCAAAAGAGACGUACAUUCCGCGCAGAGGUGAAAAGGAGUUCGAGCCAUCUGGAUUGAAAAUACAACAGAAAGCUCUUGAUGAAUCUAGAGAUGCCAUGUUCAACGCUAUAGACGGCGUACGCCAGUCGUCAAACAAGAACAUUAGCAUUGGUUUGUGGUCGAAUGCACACAGCAGAGCUAGCAUAAUUAUACAGAGAGGCACACAUUUCUCUUCUAUAGGUCAUCCAGUGAGAAAUACACCGUCUAAGAGGGAAGGUAAUGUUGAGAAGGUGGCUUCGGAGACCAGAAUGGAAUUGCUCCCAGAGGAGGCGCUCUAUAUGGUUGAGAGAGGCUCGCUGUUGUGUUACGAAUACGAAUGGAGCGACAACAACGACAAGAUGCUGAAGCUGUCGACGAAUGAUAGCGCUGUUGAUGAGCGCGUUGCCGGGCUGGCUCCCUUUUCGGCUCAGCGCGCUUUUGAUUGCUGCAUUGGCAAAGAUGGCCUGACUUUGGAGAAGUACACUGUCUAUGCACAGCUCAAAAGACUCGGAUACAUUGUUAAGAGAGCUCAACAGCAGCAGAUAAAACCUGGAGAGCAGCCUGGAUUGCUAGGCAGAAUAUACAACACUCUAAAAGGCAUUGUCAACACCAUUUUUUCCCCUAUUGCAAGCUUUGUCAGGCUUUUCAACUUCAGAGUCACAACGUUGCUCGGCUCUCGCUCUAGUUUCCUCCGUCCACAUCAAAAUUAUGACUCGAUAUUCAAAGCACUAAGGCUGACUCCGUGGGGAUACAACGACACGCCAGAAGUAAGCACAAGACUAAGUGAAGAGCAGCAGCACGAAUUUGAUGUAACAUGGGAUAUAUGGAGACCAAGCUCCAAGUUCAGGAAGAGCGCACCACCACCACCUGAUUUCAGAAUCGUAGUUGUCGACACGCACAAGUCAUCCCUGCCCAGCUUGGAGCAGUUUGCUCAUAUAUUCAGCCAUCAGCCAUACUCACAGCCACCACUCACGCGUAAGCAGAAGCUGGCUAAGGAGAAGGAAGAGAAGAACGGUAAGAAGCCAGAACUUGCAGUAUCGGAGAUAAGCUGGUUUUCAAGGUGGUGGAAUCGCAAGCAGCUGGCUGCCGACGAGUCUAACAGGAAAAAGAGUCCUGCUGUGAUGUUCCCUGCUCUGAAGCACGGAAAGCGUGCCGUUGUAUUUGCUAUCGUGGACUCAGGUACAACUUCGUGGAUACAGUUUGGCGAGGGGCAAUUUGGAGAGUUCCCUUUGUACUAG